GACUCAGUGUGGGCUAAACCCUUGUGACGGCGAUGACUGUGGAGAUAGAGAGGCUUCGGUCCCAAGAAGCUGAUUGCAUAGCCCGUUUCCACAAGAUUGUUCUCACUUGGGACUUCCUCCGCAUAGUCCAGGAGACCCAAAGAAGAAACAAGGAAAAGGGAGAGGAGGAAAGAUGGGAGAGCUUGGGAAUUACGAAAGUCAAGGACAGAUACACUGACGUUGAUGACUAUAUCUCUACCUACGAGCCUCUCCUUUUCGAAGAAAUCAAAUCUGAGAUUGCUUCCAACAAGGACCGCUUGGGAGCAGGCAAGGACACAUUGGUGAAGAAAUGGGUGGAAAAGGAUGGUGGGUUUAUCAUUGCUACUCUUUGUGUUGACAUGGAUGAGGGCGACGACGAUCAUAAGAAAGUCAAGCCCAAUGAUCUUUUUCUAUUGUCCAAAAAAGUGUGGUCAAAAUCAACGGUUUCGGAUGAGACUUCUUAUAAAAAAAUAUGCAUUUGCAUUGGUGGAAAGUCGCGGUAGAGACUCUACUAUAAGACUCCGAAUGUUUUUGGCCGGGGAGGUCAGAGAUUUGAACACAGAUGCCAUUCAAUAUUGUUCAAGGCUGGCACAAGUGCGGUCAUUGGUUACUUCUAAUGUUCAAGGAGACAGGCUUUUCCACGUUACAAAGGUAAUGCCCAACGUUGUA